AGAGAUACUAUUUCUCCACUGCAAAAGAAGUGAUGCGCAUGAAUGGCACAACAAAGUCCUUUGUAGCUAAUCAUGUAGCUGAAACUACUGCUGGAGUUGUGACAAUAAGAGCCUUUGAAGAAGAAGAUCGUUUCUUUGAGAAGAAUCUUGAUUUAAUUGACAUCAAUGCUAGUCCUUUCUUCCAUAGUUUUGCCUCAAAUGAGUGGCUGAUCCAAAGAUUAGAAAUAGUUAGUGCAGUACUUCUUGCCUCCACAGCACUAUGCAUGGUUAUGCUUCCACCUGGGACUUUUGCCUCUGGAUUCAUUGGCAUGGCUCUCUCUUAUGGCCUUACUAAAUGCUCAGCUAGUAUUUUCAAUUCAAAGUCAAUGCAAUCUUGCAAAUUACAUAAUCUCUGUAGAGAGGCUGAAUCAAUAUAUGCAUAUACCAAGUGAGGCACAAGAAGUAAUUGAAGGAAAUCGUCCACCUUCGAAUUGGCCAGACGUUGGUAAAGUAGAACUAAAUGACUUGCAGAUACGAUACAGGCCUGAUGGACCACUUAUACUCCAUGGAAUCACAUGCACAUUCAAAGCAGGCCACAAGAUUGGAAUUGUUGGCAGGACAGGCAGUGGGAAGUCCACUCUUAUAGCUGCUUUAUUUCGUCUUGUGGAGCCAGCAGGUGGAAAAAUUGUAGUUGAUGGCAUAGACAUCACUUCUAUUGGCCUUCAUGAUUUGAGGUCACGUUUUGGUGUUAUACCUCAGGAUCCUACCCUUUUUAAUGGGACAGUUAGAUUCAAUUUGGACCCUCUAUCUCAACACUCUGAUCAAGACAUAUGGGAGGUUCUCGGGAAGUGUCAGUUGCGAGAAGCUAUCCAAGAGAAAGAAGAAGGAUUAAACUCAUCAGUUGUUGAAGAUGGAUCAAACUGGAGCAUGGGACAAAGGCAAUUAUUUUGUUUGGGGCGUGCGCUUCUAAGGAGAAGUAGGAUAUUAGUGUUGGAUGAAGCAACUGCAUCAAUCGACAAUGCAACUGAUUUGAUUCUGCAGAAAACCAUUAGGACUGAGUUUGCCGAUUGUACUGUGAUCACAGUAGCACACAGGAUACCAACUGUGAUGGAUUGCACUAUGGUUCUUUCAAUAAGUGAUGGCAAAUUAGUGGAGUAUGAUGAACCAAUGAGCUUGAUGAAGAAUGAAGGAUCGCUAUUCAAGCAGCUUGUCAAUGUCUGGUCUCAUUUUCAAUCUGCAGAAUCACAUUAAUGCUGCAAAAUGUUGCUUUUUUGACAACUUUGUUGUCUAUCUUACCUAGUAAAAGGGUAUUAUAAUAAAGAAUAAGGUUGUGUAUGAGCUGCAUUGGAAGAUUUUCUUAGGCAAGUCCUUACUAAUGAAAUGGUUUAUAAUCGUCGGAUUAUGAGAUUCACAUUGCAAUACGCUAUUCGCUACUUCUAGAUGUGUGAUGUAACUAUCAAAUAUACAAUCAUAUUUGUCGACUUCAAUUUUAAAA